AUGUCUUCGGUAUUAGUGGUUAUUCGAAUUAUUAAUAGGAAUCCUAAUAAAACAUCUUCUUCUGAUGAAGUGCGGAUAAGACCAGUAUUAUCUUUACGCAUUAUUCAUUACAAUGGAACUUUCAGUGAAAUAGACAAAGACUUAGAGAUUCCAGAAUUCAACUGGCGCAUUACUCUAAGUUCUAGUGGUUAUAUCGUGAACUUUGUAAAUAUAUAUGAGCUUCAAAAGAGUUACUUACUUGUUACAUACUUUAAUACUUCAAAUCCGGAUGAUAUUACAACUUAUGAAGAAUGGGGACUGACUAACGUUAAUCCAGAAAAGGGUUUUAUUAGGAUGACUUGGAAUGAAACUUAUAUCGAGUGGCAACAAUAUAAGAUGCGAUACAUUCAAUUUAAUAAAGUUAUUCGAAGGAAAUAUUUACAUGUAAUAGCUACUGUCGUGGGUACUAUUGACGAGGGUUAUAGCAUAAUUAUGGGAAAUUCCACAAACUCCACUAAUUCCGAUAAAAAUAAUCCUUUGGAAAUUCGUGCGGCGGUGUAUGUUUUAACAAAAGGAUACCAUGAUAAACAAUUUAGUACACCAAAAAUGAUUUAUCAAUUACCCUUAGAUAAUAUUACAAUAUCUGAUGCAACUUGUGGUAUUUCAAGUACUGAUAUUGGACAAGUUUGUAUACUCACCAUCACACAGAACAAUGUUAAUUAUUAUGUGAAACUUAAUUUCUUAUCAUCUGGCUCUAUUACGGAAAUCGUUCCAUUAAAUAUAACCGCACCCGAAUUACCCCAAAAUGCUACUACAGGAUGGUUAAUAGAAAGCAUUCCUUAUGGAGAGCCAUCAGCUUUUAAUACACGAGGAACUUUGAUAAUUCUGCCUAACAAUACUAUUUUAAUAGCACCAGCAGAAAGUAAUAAUACGUGGAGUUUAAAUACCACUGAUAUUCCUAAAUUCAUAGAUUUAGACAAUGUUUAUUCAAAUUUUCAA